AAACGGAAUAGUUGAAAAUUCCUGAAUUGGAGGUAAAAGCCAUUAAAGAAGCCUCACAUCACCCCUCUGCCAUCAUCUUCCCCAUUAGUUUCCUCACAUUCUCUAAUUCCUUCAAUUCCAUUCUUGGUUUUACAGACCCGCAGUUCCCAAAGAUCGAACCAAACUCGAGAUCUAUCAAUCCCCCCAAAUCCCAGAUCUUCCUCAAUUUCCCUGCCGUAUUGUGUAUAUAAAAUGCAUACACGCCCAUAGAACGUUACGGAUGCACUAUAAUGUGUUCUGUCCAUAUCCAUCGGAUAGCUGACCGUAAUGUGUGGAUUGAGAUUGGAUUGAUUUUGUUCUUUAAGGUUCCUUUGGUUUGGAGUCGGGUCUUUGUUUGAUUAUUUGUUUUUAUUCGAUUGUGUUUGGAGAAUAUGGAUAGAGGGGUCCGGUUAAAUGGAGAAGAUUAUUAUUAUUAUUCCAGUGGAGUUGGCUCCAUCGGAGUUGCAUCCUCUUCCUCGGCCUCUCCGUUGCGUCGUGUCGGUGCUGCUUCUCCCUGUGAUGGGACUGUCGGUGGUGGAGGGAUGAAUCAUAUCGAACAUUCUGUGUCCAAAUUUGAUACCCUUGCUGGCGUAGCUAUCCGAUAUGGCGUUGAGGUAGCAGAUGUUAAGAGGAUAAACGGACUAACUACGGAUCUCCAAAUGUUUGCUCGAAAGACACUUAAGAUACCGUUACCGGGGCGGCAUCCUCCAUCUCCAAGCCUAACAAAUGGUUUUGAUGUACAAGGACUUUGUAGGAUGCAUGGUGCCUAACUACAACAUUCUUUUGGCAGAGAUAGCAUUUCAGAGCGGACGCCGCCUAACCGCAGACACUCAGACUUGUUUGAUACAUUUCAGUCGCUAAAACUGAAACCUCCUCCUACCCAGCGAAAAGUUUCUUCAGCAAUGAGCAGUUUAAGAGGUUAUUAUGGCCUUGGACCACCAUCAGAUCAGAAAGCUGCAUCUGGUGAAGGUUUUGAAAUGGCCAGAUACGAAAAGAGGGGAAGAUCUCCUUAUCUUGAGGAUGACCCAUCACCUAUCUCCACUGGUCUUCACAGAAAAUGUAAAAGUGUAGCAAAUGGGUUUUUGCCAGAGAAUGGGCAUGUAGUGGAUCAUGAAUCUCAUCAAGAAACUAAAGAUAAUGGCUCUGAAGGAAGAAUGUGUGAUAAAUCUUUCAGACGGCGUCAGAAGUCUGAAACCGAUUUUUCCAGAACUCAGGAAAUGCUGCUGAAGGAAGAUAACAGCAGCAACAGUGGCGGAUUUUCUGGUAUUAUGGGGGGCAAAGGCCUGGCCAUGAGACCUAAUUCAGCUAGUCGGACUGCCUCUGUUGCUAACAGUGAAGCGUCGUCUGUGAUAAAUCCCAUUCCUAUUGCGUUGGGGGACUCUGUUGCUGACAGCAGUCUAGUUGACAGAGUUAGAAAGUCUUCUAGUGCUUCGAAUUUGCAGGAUUCUGAUAAUAGCAGCAGCACCUUGGCAUCCCUCUGGCCAACAUCCAAAUGGAGUUUGACAGAUUUUCAGGCAAUUUCUACUGCGGCCAUCACUAGAUCAAUCUUUGAUGGCCUGCCUAAACCGAUAAGUGGUCGGAAGAACAAAACCGCACUUGAUUAGUGUGAUUUCCACUUGGCUUACACACUUCCAUAGUUAUAUUUCUGAUUGAUGUUUGAGCCACGAAUAUAGAGAUGUGGGGAUAGAAAUAAGAGAUGUAGUGAUUAUAUAUUUAGACACGAACUGUAAUUUUUGGUUAAAGGACAUUUCAAACCUCACAUUGCAGGUGUACAAGUUAAACCGCAAGUGAUUGCAGGAUCUACAUUACUCGAAGUACAGGUUUUGGUAAAAUUGUUACCACACUGUUGAUAGAACUUGCUGUAGAUUUAUUUAUCCAGAGAGCAUUUAAGAACGUGUAAACGUGGGUGUUUUUGUUUUGAGAAUAGAAGGUAUAUAUUAGAGAUAUUUGGGCCAUUGAUUUAAAGCUCUGGUAUUUAUUUAUUUAUUUAUUUAUUUAUUAAGUGCUUAAUUAA